AUGAACAGUCAAGCUGAAGCUAUAGAAAUCAUCGCAGAAGGUAGCAAUAUCAUGACCGUUUUCCUAAUAGAUUGGGCGGAUGCAACGAGCCUACUGUCUCGGAUGUUCAGCAUAUUCUUUGACGACAAAAGCAGUGGACGGCUGCGAGCUGCUUCCGAGGCAGCGAGUUCUGGAAGUCAAUCGGUUUUAAAAUCUAAGCUGUCUUCUGUGACGGGUCCGUCCGGCGAUGGUCUGAAACCUGACGGGACAUCCCGUACAGAAAUAUCAUGGCACCAGAGCUUGGUAAUCCAGAGAGAAUGCAGGCCCAGGUCGAAUGAGAUAUACCCUCGAAAACAGCAACCAGUUUAUCAAGCAAUCUUGAACGUAGGGCUAGAGGUCAAACUGCUGACGUGGUACCAUUAG